AUGCACAAGCCAUAUCAGGUUCAUCAUCAGCCUCUCAAACGAGUCUUUCGCUAUCUCAAGGGCACGACAGAAUUCUCACUGCCUAUUCGUCCAUCUACAUUUCAACUGCAAGCUUUCGCCAACUCUGAUUGGGCUGCCAAUCCCAAUGACCGACGUUCAAUCUCUGGCUUUUGUGAAUUUUUGGGUGAUAAUCUUCUUUCUUGGUCCGUUAAGAAGCAACCUACGGUUGCUCGCUCCUCGACGGAAGCCGAGUAUCGAGCUCUUGCCUCUACAGCUAGUGACAUCAUGUGGCUUCGAAGGUUGUUAUUAGAUUUUCAAAUUCCAUGUCCGACGCCAACACCUCUAUAUUGCGACAAUGUUUCAGCAUUGGCUCUUGCAAAUAACUCAGUCUUCAUGCCCGAACAAAACACAUUGAGGUGGACUACCAUUUUAUUCGGGAUUACAUCAAGAAUGGGCAUAUCACCGUUCAUCACAUCGCGUCUAUAG